CUUCUUCAAAUCAAAUUCAUUCGCGUCUUUCUAGUUAUCAUUGAUACCCGAGUUUCUCCAUCACCAUGGGAGACAUUGCUUUUAAAUACUUGCCUGAAAGUCCUUUCCAAACUGGGAGCGAGCAUUAUCCUCAACACCUACCUCAGCAUGCUUCCCAACAACAGAAUAAGCAUAAGGUGCUUAUCAAUUGUACUCCAGCAAGCUCGGAGAGCGAGGGAGACGAUGAUGACUGGGAGCAUGAAAGAACAAUUCGAGACAAGUUCAAGGCCAUUAUCAGCAAAAUAACAUCAGCAGAAAACGAAGAUGCGGACAGAGUCGCCAAAGAGAUAAGGGACCAAUUCUACCAAUACUUGGGCAGAAAGGCCGAUGGCAGGACCAUUCUGCACAGAUUGGCUAAAGAUGCGAGACGGGACCGAAUGGAAAUAUGGGUUGCAGUCAUAAAGAUGGUCAUCCAAGAACUCCCAGACCUCCUGAAGUCGCAAGAUGAAAUACGAAAAACACCAUUGCAUAUGGCUUUGCACAAUGGCAGAUCGAGGCUGGUCCUUGGCAUGUGCGAGGCUAUCCCGGACAACUAUUUCGACGAUAUUCUCCUCAAGAAAGACGACACAGGGAACAACUGUUUACAUGCAGCUCUCCGCGGCAAUAAUGUCCAUCCAGCGAUAGUCCUUGAACUCCUUCGCAGGAUAGACAACCCCGACAGGGUACUUUGUGAAUUGAAUGAAGAAGGGCUUUCACCCUUACAUAUUGCAGUCGAAUACCGCCGUUGUUCCCCCUCCCAACUUGGCAUCGUUCAAACAAUUAUUGCCCGCUGCGACAAAACACUGGACAUCAACGUCUCCUCCGAUGAUCCCAACAAGCUUUCUGUCUACCGAUACCACGACAAGACACGUAAGGAAAGUGAAGAGGAUCUCAACGCACAGGAGAAAAAUGGGUGGAACCCCGUUCAAGCUACUCCAAGGUCCCUCGACGAGUUGGUACAUGACUCUGGCAGCUUUCACCAAAGAAAAGUCUCCAGGUCCGACACCAUCACCUUGCCCGGCCCCAUUGCCAGGUCCGACAUAAUGGUCUGGUCUGGCCCAGUCUCCAGUUCCGACACACUUUCCCGGUCCGACACUGGCUCUCCUGACAGAAGUUCGACAUUUUCCGUAGCCUCAUCCAACGGCUCGGGAAAGAGACGGUCAGGAGAACAUCAACGAAACGAAGUUACCGAGGCUUCCGCCAACGCCAUUCGAGAUCACCUCAAAGUGUGUUUCAUUUGUGGCCGGACAGACCCCGAGAAGAUACUCUCGUUUUUGUACAAACCCACUGAAGUGAAAGAAAUCUACUUCAGCCUUCCGGGAGGCCCCAACUCCAUGGUGACAGAGGAUAUGCUCGAAAUGAUGAGCUACCUGGAGUUCGAAGACACACUCCGAUAUGUCCACAUUCCCUUGCUACGUGUCGAGAAGACUGGACCAGCCGCGUCCCGCAGGUUCGGAAACCGCAAAACGACGGCAAGCUGCAAGGGCCGAGAUGAUUACGUGAAGAUCUUCGACUGGCUCAAGAGUAAGGGGGUGAAGCGGAUCGCCGAACUUCGGGUGGACGACCUCCAGGAGGAGCCGCUGGGAGAAGAGCAGGAGGAAAGCAUUCCGUCUCACAGUGAUGAAAAGAUUGAAAAAGCACUUGAAGGAAUCGAGGUGCUCCAUACUUUUGACUGGAAGAAGGUUGAUCUGAGCUCCGAGACUAUCUGGAACGUGGCGAAACAGGCCGUCUCCGUGGUUUUGUACUGGGGAGGGAAUGAUGCCAUCCUCCGCGGCUGGAGUGAAUCUGAUGGUUUCCCGAAAUUCGAAAACCUAAAGAAAAUCACGGUUUACGGUGAGAACGGUCUCGAGACAACCAACCGAGCAAACCAGAACCUGCAAAAGUUCCAAGACAGAUUGUGUCCAAAGCAAACGAGCUCCGAGAAGGACAUCACCGAGUACGAGAAUAACCUACGCGAGGACCAACAAAGAGAGAACGAGACCCUCGACAACCUCGAAGUGAAGUGCAUUCUCGACGAGAAGUCGUGGAAGAGCACAGCCAGUGAACGCCUACGAAUGGCGGCUCAGGAGCAGCCGAAGGAGCAGCACGACUGGCUGACCACGAUGGACAAAUUUGCCACCUUCAUACAGAGCUUCAAGCUCGAUCCGGCGCUACAGCCGGCAGCCCGUCCAAUCAGAGUCGCGGUGAUUGAUGAUGGCAUUGAUGUUGCCGAGAAGUCACUGCAGGGCAAGGUGUACGGGGGUCGAAGCUUUUGCCAGCAACUCGGAGGUGGGCUUGCACCUCACUACAACUCGGAUGGCGGACAUGGCACUGUCAUGGCAAGCUUGAUUUGCAGAGUUUGCCCGACGGCCAAGUUGUAUGUCGUCCGGCUCGACGAGUACUGGGGACCUGGUGGAAAGCGGUCUAUCACGGCAGAGAGUGCGGCAAAGGCAGUUCGCGCUGCAGUAGACCAAGAAGUGGAUGUCAUUUCGAUGUCUUGGACCAUUGAGAAGACAGACACAAACAAGUCCGGCCUUGACAAGCUGAGCGCCGCUAUCAAAGAAGCGGUCAAGAAGAACAUUAUCCUUUUCUGCUCAGCUAACGACCAGAUCUCGGACGACUACAGUUAUCCUGGAAUGUGCACACCGCACCUCUUCAAGAUCGGCGCCGCCACUGAGUACCGGAAGAAGACCGACAGUAUGGGCAAUAUCGAUGUCAAUUUCAUUAUGCCUGGGCAAAACGUGCUGCGAGGACGUCCUGGCCAAGUGCCGAUGGAAAAAUGCAAUUUGUUGAGCGGCUCGAGCGUUGCGACUGCUUUGGCAUCGGGACUAGCUGCUCUUAUUCUGUACAGUGUCCAGCUUGCAGCGCAACACACGGCACUGGUAAACUCUUCCAGACCCGAAAACUGGGUAACACUGGAUGACUUCAACAAUCUGAAAUCACACGAGAACAUGCUCGCCGCCUUCAACCAGAUACCCAAAGAUUCAUCGAGCGAGGGCAAAUUUCUUUUGGUAAAUCGGAUGUUUAGGGUCGAGGAGACAGCUCUUCGGCGGCCUGAAGAGGAGAAGCUCAUGUUUAUCCAAGAGCUUGCGAGAAGGCUGACAUUCCCUUCAACUCUUAGUCUUGUUUAGAAGAACGAGCUUGUAAUGGAGUCACAUUGCUUUUUUCCUUGGGUAUUGGACGGACCUGGCGCUACUUGGGUUCCUUUCUUUCUUGUCGACGCUUAGCAUAUUCCGUAUGUUUGAAUUUAUCCAUGAUCUCACGCCAAAAUAGCAAUGCCGCUGUUAUAAAGUCUCUAGGGAAUGUAGUCUUCUUUUUUGUCUUACCCAAUAAAGUGCUUAAUAUAAUCGCCUUAAAUCAUGACACACAAUGUGUUUAUUUUAGUACCAAGUAGACUUUCCAUGAACUCAAC